AUGACCUCCGAUAUGUUACGUGGAUUCUAUCGAUCCACCUUUUGUCCUGAUCAAUCGACUGGAAGACCGUUCACAGCAGAUGCUAUUAUCAGUAACCCUCCUGCGUUCGGUCAUAUACAUAUUGCCGAGGCUCUAGGCAUACCAUUACAUAUGAGUUUCACAAUGCCAUGGUCGCCUUCCACCGCGUUCAGACAUCCCUUAGCGAAUAUACGUGAAAGUAAUGCUGAACCGGGAUUGAGCAAUUAUCUCUCUUAUGCACUUGUCGAUAUGUUAACGUGGCAGGGCUUAGGCGAAAUUAGAAAUUACCUGGACGUACUGCUGGAGUGUAAGCCUGGUGCCCAAGCCAAAGGACGGAAGGAGAAUAUAGAUAUCUCGGGAUUCUACUUCUAUGAGAACCAAAUACCUAUAUAUAUUGGGUUCGGUUCUAUUGUGAUUGAUAAUGCUCGUCAGAAGACAGGCGUAGAGAUGAUAUUCGAAGCCGUAAAGCGAACUGGAGUGAGGGCAAUUGUUAGUUCUGGCUGGGCAGGAUUAGGCGAUGAUAUGGAUAUUCCAGAUGACAUUCUGAUUGUCAAAGGUAAUAUCGCACAUGACUGGUUAUUUGCUGAAGGAAGAAUCCAGGCGGUAUGCCAUCAUGGAGGUGCUGGGACCGCAGCUAUUGGUCUAAAGAAUGGUCUACCUACAAUAGUAGUCCCAUUCUUCGGGGAUCAGAAAUUCUGGGGCGAACAGAUCCAUGCACGGGGAGCUGGGCCACUACCAAUUCCUUACAAACAUCUUAACGUCGAGAAUCUUACAGAAGCCAUCCUUUUUGUCCUUACGCCUCAAGCGCAAGUGGCUGCAGCUGAGAUGGGACGUCAGAUAAGGGCAGAAACUGGCGAGAAGAGGGGUGUAGAUAGUUUCCAUAAACAUCUGCCAUUGUUGAACAUGAGGUGCGAUGUGGAUCCUACGAGAGUAGCGAUAUGGUGGUCUGACCAGUACUGCCUCAAGCUCUCUGGUGCAUCAGCUGGGCUAUUAGCCAAGGAAGAUAAAUUGGACCUGAAGAAGCUGGCUCCACACCGUUCGAGGGAAUACGAGACUUCGAGACAUCACGACGGACCUUGGACGGGCAGUGUAGGUGGGAUAUUCCAUACCAUAACUUAUGCAAUGGGUAGUGUGGCCGAACUGUUUUACAAACCUCAAAAAGGAGUGGCCAAUACCUUGCUAGGAAUUCCAAAAGCGGCUGUAAACAUCGUAGGGGAUCUGUACGAAGGUUUCGACAACGUACCUCAGAUAAUGAAUUCCGAAACUAGAGAGAAGAGACGAGUGACCGAUUUCACGUCGGGUUUGAAGGAAGGCGGCAGAGGGUUAUUUUGGGGAAUUGGUGAUGCUAUCACAGGGCUGGUCACUGAACCUAUCGCUGGAGUGCAAAAAGAUGGCUUAAAAGGGUUCGGUAAGGGUGUAGGCAAGAGCUGUAAGUCGACGUCUAUCGUGUGA